GAUGCCCCCUGCCUCCAGCGGGUGGCGCUCGAGUCCGACUGAACGGCGGCGGCGGGUGGCGGGCACGCGCCCGGUGCGCGCGCGCCACCCCACUCGCCUCCACCCAACUCCCCCAUUAGUGCACGAGUUUACCUCUAGAGGUCAUCAGGCAGGAUUUACGACUGGACAACAAAAGCACGUGAUUCGAAGUCGUACCCCAUAUUUGGGUGCCUACGUAGGAGGGAACCAAGUACAUGUCCCAGUCAUUUCCAUAAUUCAUCAUAAAUUGUGCAAGGGUGCUAUAGACGCACAAACGACCGCGAGCCACAAAUCAAGCACACAUAUCAAAAAACAAAUGAGCUCUUAUUUUGUAAACUCAUUUUGCGGUCGCUAUCCAAAUGGCCCGGACUACCAGUUGCAUAAUUAUGGAGAUCAUAGUUCCGUGAGCGAGCAAUUCAGGGACUCGGCGAGCAUGCACUCCGGCAGGUACGGCUACGGCUACAAUGGCAUGGAUCUCAGCGUCGGCCGCUCGGGCUCCGGCCACUUUGGCUCCGGGGAGCGCGCCCGCAGCUACACGGCCGGCGCCAGCGCGGCGCCCGCCGAGCCCAGGUACAGCCAGCCGGCCACGUCCACGCACUCGCCUCCGCCCGACCCGCUGCCCUGCUCUGCCGUGGCCCCUUCGCCCGGCAGCGACAGCCAUCACGGCGGGAAAAACUCCCUGGGCAACUCCAGCGGCGCCUCGGCCAACGCCAGCAGCACCCACAUCAGCAGCAGAGAGGGGGUUGGCACGGCGUCCGGAGCCGAGGAGGACGCCCCUGCCAGCAGCGAGCAGGCGAGCGCGCAGAGCGAGCCGAGCCCGGCGCCGCCCGCUCAGCCCCAGAUCUACCCCUGGAUGCGCAAGCUGCACAUAAGUCAUGACAACAUAGGCGGCCCAGAAGGCAAAAGGGCCCGAACGGCCUACACCCGCUACCAGACCCUAGAGCUGGAGAAGGAGUUCCACUUCAACCGCUACCUGACCCGCCGAAGAAGGAUUGAAAUAGCACAUGCUCUUUGCCUCUCCGAGAGACAAAUUAAAAUCUGGUUCCAAAACCGGAGAAUGAAGUGGAAAAAAGAUAAUAAGCUGAAAAGCAUGAGCAUGGCGGCGGCAGGAGGGGCCUUCCGCCCUUGAGUAUUUGAGCGUUUAAAGUACUGAGCAGUCUAAGCGGAUCCCGCAAUAGUGUCAGUACUAAGGUGACUUUCUGAAACUCCCUUGUGUUCCUUCUGUGAAGAAGCCCUGUUCUCGUUGCCCUAAUUCAUCUUUUAAUCAUGAGCCUGUUUAUUGCCAUUAUAGCGCCUGUAUAAGUAGAUCUGCUUUCUGUUCAUCUCUUUGUCCUGAAUGGCUUUGUCUUGAAAAAAAAAAUAGAUGUUUUAACUUAUUUAUAUGAAGCAAGCUGUGUUACUUGAAGUAACUAUAACAAAAAAAGAAAAGAGAAAAAAACACACAAAAAGUCCCCCCUCCAACCCUGUUUAGUGCCAAUGUUGUGUGUUGCACUCAAGUUGUUUAACUGUGCAUGUGCGUGAAAGUGUUCCUGUCUCAAUAGCUCCAAGCUGUUAAAGAUAUUUUUAUUCAAACUACCUAUAUUCCUUGUGUAAUUAAUGCUGUUGUAGAGGUGACUUGAUAAGACACAACUUAACUUGUUCGACGUGUAGUGACUAGUGACUCUGUGACAGAAACUGUGACUCCAAGCGGUGUGUCCCUUCGUGCCUUUGUAGGACCCUUUGCACGAACUCUGGAAGUGGCUCUUAUAAGCGCAGCUUCAGUGAUGUAUGUUUAUGUGAACAAAGUUACAAAUAUUGUCCAAGUCUGGCUGUUUAAGCAAACUGUGAUCGGCUUUUUUUUUUUGGUAUUUGUUUUUAAGGAAAAAUACUGGAAACAAAAACAAAAUAAACUUUCUAUUGUAAGUUCUCUUGGUCUGGUUUGUGCCAAAUAGCAAGCAACUCUUCCUGAUGUUCUGUCUAUCUACAAAGGUUUGGAAGCUUGUGAGUCUCAGGCCACCUGAGCAGCCUUCCCUGUGCAUGGGGCCUCAGAUCAACAGCAUCCUGACUUAAUGCCUCCCUAGCUCUGACCCAUCUGAAAGUUCAGAGCAGAAGGUGGAAAAACCUGUGGGCUGUUUCAAAAUCUUGAGUCCUCCCUGCCCUGAGGAGACCAAGUUAACUUGCUGGGUACAAAAAGUGAGAGAAAGAGAAAAGAAAGGAGAAAAGGGCAUGAGCUUUGUUAGCCCCCCUCAGGGCCCACACAGAUCAUGCCUUUCUCCUAAGGGCUGCCCUAGGCCUUGCCAAGCAAUGGACCCCAAACCCUCUCUGCCCCAACCCACCGCAGUGCCCCUUCCCCACUCCUCACCCUGAGCCCAGUUGGCUUCUUUUGCUACAAUUAAUUUGCUACAAA